GAACGCACUCGCUUUUCCCCCGCCAGGCAUGAGUCUGGUGGACCAAACUCCGAAAUCUGCCACCAAAAUUGUGACGCCGCAUUCGGACUCUAUGAAAAAGACCGUAAAGUAUCCACCGGGCAUGAAUCCGCAGAUCGAGGUGGACGCCAUUCGGAACAGUCGGAAGCAACGUACUCAUUUAGAGCCUUUCUUGUUCUUCGAUCUUCGCUAUUCAUGGUUUAGGAGUUUGAGAGGACAACUUUUCUACUUUGUGAGGUAAACGUAAAGUAAAAGUAUUACUUUACUGAAAUGGAUCAUGUACAUGUUGUAGAAAAUAGUUGUAGAUGUCUAUGAUCCACUUGUUCGACGCUCGCAAUUAAAAUACAUGCCAAAAUACAACAACCAUCAGUUUUCUUCCCAGAGCGGACGCAAUCUGUAACGCGUACGUCUAGUACCGAGCCGGCUCGAGUUCCGAAGCCUCCUACGGUACACGCAACUCCGGAUAUCUUCGGCGGGAACGGGCGGGUGGUUGUGACUAACAAGAGAAAAAUCGUACCUUCGCCGACGACGUCCUCGAAGGGGAGUGAGAAAAGUACCAGCACCACUCCGGGAGGUGACAAGAACAGUGCAACGAAGUUGUUGACCAGUGUUAGAAAUACCUCCGCGAAGAAGAAGAACCUCCAACAGCAACAGCAUUUCGAAAUCCCCGCUUCCGCCAUUCCUACCACCACCGUGGGACGCCCGGUUGUAACCACGACUAGUACUUCUCUUGAUUUGAAUACCGUUACCGCCAACGAUGGCAGCAAUGGUGCCAACGGGCUUGCCUUACUACCCGACUCUGUUGAGACGCCUUUGCAGCAGCAACAAACUUCUCAAACCGGCGAAGUAGAACAACAAGACAAUUCUUUAUUCUUUCAGCAUUUAGCUGGCCC